GCAGUCGGAUUUAUGUGCGCUUCUUACUAGGCCUUAUGUAUAAUGCAAUGUCAGUUUGAAACUUCAAUUAGUGAAUAAUGGUUUUCUAAAGCACGUAAAGUGUGUAUUCUACCCUGAGGUUAAUUACUAUAGUAAACAUGGCUAUUGGACAUACUCGGGUUGUCCAAGUGACAAAUAUCGCACCUCAGGCGACCAAAGACCAGAUGCAAACACUUUUUGGUUAUCUAGGCAAAAUUGAUGAUAUUAGAUUAUAUCCUACAAUACGUGAUGUAUCAUGUCCAGUUCAGUCAAGAAUUUGUUAUGUAAAAUAUCACGACAGUUCAUGUGUGGGAGUAGCACAGCAUUUAACUAAUACAGUAUUCAUUGAUCGCGCAUUAAUUGUUAUACCGAUGCCGAAUGGAGAUAUUCCAGAUGAAAUGAAGGCCUUAGAGAUGUCCAGCAAUGGCACUAUUGUACCAGGACUUCAACCAUUAGAACCUAAGUUACCUUCACAUGUUGUGAACACGGUUGAGGGUUAUGGAUUACAGCAGAUCAUUCAGACUACGGAUCCUAGACUGGAGGAGAAUGGUUUGCCCAACUAUCCACCUCUACCAGGAGGUUAUGACCCGCGAAAAGUAGAAGAAAUUCGUCGAACAGUUUUGGCAAUGGAGUUGGACCCCAGCAUUAAGUCAGAUAAGAUAAUAAAACAUUUUUCAGCGGCUGGUGAAAUUAAAUAUGUGCGAAUGUGUAUUCGUGAUAAUGUGUUAGAAAAAUAUGCAUUGAUAGAGUACUCUGAACAAGAAUCAGUUGUGGCUGCUUUAAAACUACAUGGUACUCAACUAAACGGAAAGACUGUUAAAGUUUAUCAUUCGUCUCAAGCAAUUAUAAAACCGGAAACUAAAAGCAAUGAAGCAGCUCAAAGAGAAAUCGAGGAAGCUAUGUGUAGAGUAAAAGAAGCACAAAGUUUAAUUUCAGCUGCUAUUGAUCCUGUAAUAGGCAUGCUUUCUAAAGAUAAAUCAAGUUCUAGGCAUCGAUCAAGAUCUCGUUCUAGGGAAAGAUCUAGAAGACGUUCCAGAUCACGAUCCAGACGUCGCUCCAGAUCAAAAAGGCGAUCUAGAUCUAAAACCAAAUCUAGAAGAUCUAGAUCUAGAACAAAAAGAUCUCGUUCUAGAACAAAACGAUCUCGCUCUCGGUCAAAGAGAUCUAUUUCGCGCUCAAAACGGUCCACCUCAAGGUCGAAAAGGUCCGCAUCACCAUCGAAAAGAUCUUCUUCUCGCUCUAAAAGGUCAUCAUCAUUGACGAAAAGGUCUCCUUCACACUCCAAACAAUCUCCUACUCGUUCUAAAAGAUCAUCUUCGCGCUCUAAAAGAUCGGUCUCACGGUCCAGAAAAUCACCUAUAAAAAAAUCUCGAUCACCAUCAAAACGAAGAUCUCGAUCAAGAACUAAACGUUCACGAUCAAGAACAAAAAGAAGCCAUUCUAGAUCCCGAAGAUCACGUUCAAGAGACAGGAAACGUCGAUCUAUGUCUAAAGGUUCUCGUGCUUCGCAUAGAUCACGUUCCAAAUCAAGAGGAAAAUCUUCGAGAUAUGAUAAAGAUAAACAUAGAGAUAGAGAUCGUAAGAAGGAUGAAAGGAAAGAAAAGAAAUCAUCUCGUAGAUCAAGAUCAAAGUCAAGGGAUAGAAAGAGAAGUAAAUCACGAGAUAGAAAAAGGUCAAAGACCCCAUCAAAAUCUUCUAGGAGAAGAAGUCGCACUCCAAAAGAAUCGAGAAAAAGGUCUAAACAUUCUGAGAAAGAUGAAUCAAGAGUAGCAAGAAACUAUGAUGAAGAAGAAAAGGGCUUUGAUGAUGUUUUUGAAGACGGAAGAAGAGAUCGAAAAACUACUAAAAAUGGAAGUUCAAAGUGCUAUGGUGAUGAAGAACUUAGAGAUAUCAGAUCAAAAAGCAAGAGCUUAAAAGAAAAGUAUGCUUCGGAUAGAGGUUCUAGUAUGGAGUCUGCUGAAAGGGAACACUCACCUGAUAAAUCUGAUAAUAUGGAUAUUUCAAAUUCUCCAUAACUUUUAUUGAAAAACUAAUUAAUUAUAUGGCUUACAUAAUUUGAGAAAAUAAUAAUUUAUAAUUUUCAUAUUCAAUUUCAUGUAUUUUUUAUGUAUUUCUCAAUAGUUGUAAAUGCCGAUAGAAAAUAAAAGGUAAUUUAAUUUUUUCA